AUGUCGCAGCUUUCUCAGCACAGGCAAAGGGCGCCUUCGUUGGGCAUUAUCUCAACAUACGGACAGCCUCCGGUGUCAAACGCCAGACCGAGCCCUCUCUCCUCUCACCCACCCACACCAGUCGACCUGAUUGGAGGCAGUUGCGCAGACAAGGGUAUCAAGGCGCAACAGUCAGGUACCAAGCACGAUAGAGAGGUAUCUGCAUCGUCGCUGCCGUUUAGGUCGCCUAGCAACUCCUUCCCGAGGAAGCAUCCGAGCAAUUUCUCCACGCCCGACCUGUCAAAGUCUGCUUCUCCCUCAACUGAGUCUCUCUUCCGACAAGACACGAAUUCUUUUGCCGGCAGCUCCCUCCAAUUGCAUCAAAUACCUUUGGCAUAUCAGCUGAACAACCAAUCCACCGCGUCCAAGCUCGACCUCAGCAACUCCUGCACCUCGACCAUGUCUUCGCACGACAACCAUCGCCACGAUAGCUUCGGCUCUUCGCUGCCUGUGCCCAAAGGCCCCACCAACAACGGCCGUCGCAGAUCCAUCAGCAUGCAAAAGCUCUUCUCCCUAUCGAACCUCAAGAGCAGUUUCAGCAACUCCCGCACAUCUCUCGUCUCGACUCCCUCUUCACAACACCCUCCUCCAUCCUCCUCGUCCGACCGUCCCGCCUCAAACAGCACUACCAGUUCUAGAGGAAUCAAGCGACCUGCUGAGGAAGACUAUGUCGUCGUCAAGAACGGCCAAGACAACCUCCAGCCUCCGUUGAGAAAGAGAAAGAGCAGCUCGUGGUUCCGCAGAAAGAGCGCUCUCUUCACAUUCAACUCCCAAAACUCCGCCUUGGUAGACGACUACGACAUGCCUCAAGGCCCUGAUGCCAUGAUGAUGGAUGAGCCUGAACAUGUCCGCCCGACCACCGAACACACCCAGCAGACCCACCACACCACUCAGUCUGACUCUUCCAGCGAAAGACCCAUCAGCCUCUACACUACCCAGACCACACAGCAGCCUCCUGUACUGCCACCCCUAUCACCAAUGUCUAAGACACAAACACAAUCCUCGCAGUACUCGCAACCUCAGAGACCUGCCUCUCACAGAACCUUCAGCUCUCAGAGCAGAGUCAGCCGAUCAUCAUCUCAAAACAGAACCCCAUACUCUCCUGCCAACAGAGAGCCAUUCUCGCCUCCGCCCACACUCCCGGAGCUCACUAGAAUUGAGACCUCCUUCGGCGAUUCGGACAUGGGAGAUUUGUUCGCUCACUUUGGACGCUAG